GUUCUAAUGCAUCGUGUAUCAGUUUGAUAUUCAACUUCGAUGACUAUUCAAAGAUAUUUAGAAGUUCUCUAAUUUGUUCCGAUCUCAUUAAUGUUCUAAGAUUCAUCAAUUCGUUUUUGCAGUGUUCUCAUAUAUUGUAAUCGUUGCAAUGGAUCGUGUUUUGCUUAUAAUGGUCAAGUUGGAUGGUAUAUGGGGGCCUGACUUUGGCUUCGUGAACAAGGCGCCAUUAGGUAUUCAUGUCCCAUAUUCUUGCACAUAUUCAUCACUCUUAGACAUCCUGAAUGGCAGUAUUGAUCAAAUCAAAUGCAAUCCACGUUUCACCAUAUCAUACCUUGUUGAAUCCUGUCCUCCACCUGUUACAGUCAAUGAUGAUGCUAGUUUACGCUUUUAUAUUGAUCUUAAGAUCCUUCAAUCAGAUUUCUCAAAGUAUCCUCUGUGUAUACAAUUUGACAAAGAGAAACUACCUAGUUAUGAUCCUGUUUUACCUGUUUGUACUCCAAAUACUUUGGUCACACCUGCAGCUUGUUCUAAUGUUGAUCUGUGCAAUGCAAAUACCAGUUUCACUGUUGUCCAUUCUGUAGAACAAUACUUGCAUCCUGAAAAAUCUUCCCGUACUCCUGAAAUUAGUUUUGAUAAUGUUCUUUCAUCCACAUCUUCCUUUUAUGUCAAUCAGUUGAGUGUUUCCUUGAAUAAAAAUAACUUUGAAGAGCACAGUUCAUGCAGUGGUGUACUUCCUGAAUGUUUGAAUGAGGAUUCCCUUGAUGAGGACUCACUUUCUUCUUCUUCUGAAAAUUUAGAAAAUCAUUCCUCAGAUGCAUUUGUGUUAGACCAAAACUGUGAUGUCAUUACAUGUUAUUCUGCUACUAAGAUUGUGCUCCAUGGUAUAUACCAGAACAAGCAAGCUCUACUUUAUCACCUUAGAAUGUACGCGAUCAAUAAUAGCUUCCAAUUUUAUUCAAAGACUUCAAAGAAGCAUUCAUUGCAUGUGAUGUGUUUGGACAAAGAAAAUUGUAUAUGGGCUGUUCGUGCUGUUAGGCUCAAAGGUGUUCAGCUUUUUCAGAUUAGAAGGUAUAAUUCUUAAUUCAUUCAUAUUUUUUUUGUUUCUGAUGUAUUUUAAGAAUCUUGCAUUAUGUGUUUCCUAGUUCAAAGUUUCAUUGCUUAAGAAUACUGUCACUGUACACCUUGUAUUUCCAAGCAUUUAUACUGUCAUCUGCUACGUUCUUCCACCUGUGUUUGUAUUAUUUUCAUAGUGUACAUGUACUGUCAACAAUUACUGCCACGCAUGUACCUUCUCUCGUACUUUAUAUAUCCAUCAGUUUAUAUUUAUUCGUUGUUCUUUACAUACAUGUUCGAUGUUGAUCACACUUGCUCAAUAGACUUUAGGCAAGGUGUUCGUCACAGGCAGGCCACUUCUGCAAUGAUUGCUGAGCUUGUAGCUCAUCAGUAUAUGGAUGCUUCCAAAAAACCAUACACCCCUAAACAAAUCAGGGAUGAUUUGUUGUUGCAGUAUGGAAUACCGAUAUCAUACAAGAAGUCUUGGGCUGCAAAACAAUCUGCCAUGAGAAAACAAUUUGGUUGAGAUUCAGAGGCAUACCAAUUGUUGCCAUCGAUGCUCCAUAUGCUUGACCAAGCUAAUCCAGGAUCUGACAUCUUGCUCAUUAGAGGGGAUAAUGAUGUGUUUCGCUAUUUGUUCAUGUCACUUGCACCAUGGAAGAGAGCAUGAGAGCAUUGCAUUCCUGUUCUUAUUAUCGAUGGUUCUUUUAUGAAAGCGUACUACAAAGGGACAUUGCUUACCGCCUGCGGCCAAGAUGCAAACAAACAUAUUGUGCCUUUAGCGUUUGCUGUAUGUGAUUCUGAGAGCACUGCGUCUUGGAAAUGGUUCUUUACAAGGCUCAAAGAGUGCCUUAAACAUCGUGAUGACAUGUACAUUGUGUCAGAUAGACAUAAAGGUAUUAUCAAAGCUGCAAAGGCCAUCUUUCCACACGCUGCCCAUGGAUAUUGUUGUGAACAUCUGCGGUGUAAUAUGAGAUCCAAAUUUCGAGGUAAGUCAUCCAACCAUGGUUGGAAAUUUAAAGCUACAUGGGAGGCUGCAACUGUGAGUGAAUGCUAUCAAUAUUUGUCCAUGUUGGAUGAGGAAGAUGCUAGGAUUCGUCCGUGGCUAGAGAAGAUUGGAAAGGAAAAGUGGGCUCGAAGCAUGGCAGUUAAGAGUCGAUGGGGUGUUAUGACCUCUAACUGUGCAGAGGCCAUGAACAGCAUGGAUGCUAAUGCAAGAGAGUACCCUGUUGCUAAGCUUUUGGAUUUUAUCCGUGAAAGAAUGCAAACGUGGUUUGCGGAGCGACUGGAAGAAGCAACUUCAUCAACUACUCAUUUGACUCUAAAGUUUGAGAAACAUUUAGUUUCGUUGCAGAGGGAUGCUUCAAGGAUGAGGGUUAAACCGUCAUGCCGUUAUGAGUUUGAAGUUGUUGAUAGACUUCAUAGAUCUUUUAUUGUCAAUCUCAAUGACCGAACAUGCAUGUGCCGUAUGUUUCAAUUAAAGGAUUUUGUUUGUGUACAUGCUGUAGCUGCCAUAGGCACACGCGCUGGUGUUUCCUGCUAUGAUUAUAUAUCAUAUUAUUAUACGAGACAAUCUGUGUUGAAUACCUAUAGUGGUGUGCAGCAUCCAAUUGGUGAUGUAUCUUCUUGUAUAGUUCCACCUCAGGUUCAAAGUAUUGUUUGCAAGCAACCUUCAUGUUCUAAAAGACAAGUUGGUCGACCAAAAACAAAAAGGAUACCAUCAGUUGGUGAAUUUUGUGCAACCAAACGAAAAAAGUGUUCUCGGUGCCAUUCUGCUGGUCAUAACAAAAAAAGCUGCAAGAAUGCACUUACAAUUCAUUCUUAAGAAGCUGUUUCGUACUGUAUUUGCUUUUAAUUCUAAUGUUAGUUUUGGUUACAUUUUCAUUCCUAUGUGAAGAUUGAGAUACAUUUAUUACACACUGUUAUAUUUCAUUAUAUUGAAUAUUGAACAUUGAAUAUAUGGUAUUUUG